AGUCUCUCUCUUAAUUUAGAUAAAAAUCAGUCCAUAGAAUUAUUUUUGAUUAAUUAUAAAGCCAAAUCCUCUUUUUUAGUGAUUGACUUAAAAAGUAAACCCACUUACUUCUUAUCAUCGUGACUCGCUUCAGCUACUUGAUAAAGUUCCUCUUUCUCCUUCUCACACUCCGUUCAUGAUUCACUGUGUUACCUUUUGAUACAAUCUAUUUGGAGAUUCGAGAUGAUGUUGAAGGCUGCAAUCAGAGAGAUGGUGGUUUGUGGUGCACCUACAAUCGUCAUAUCUACAGUAAUUUCACCACCUAUGGAAGCCUAUAAACUGGAAGGAUUUAUUAGUACAUUGGAGGAGACGGGAUUAGGUGGGGAACUCGCCGGCUCUGGAACAGGAACGACAGCGGUUGGUGGAACUGUCAUAGGGCUUGUUGUCCAGCUAUCGUACGACUUUGCGUUCAGUGAGGUGGCGACAUUCGGCAAAAGUAGACAACGUUCCAGAUAUGAGAAAGAGAGAGAGAGAGAGAGAGGCGUUGAGGAGCUGAUGGUGACAUUUUGUGCAUCAUCUACAUCUCUGGAAUAGGAAUACCACAGAGAGAGGCUUUGUGAUUACCCAAUUUUGCUCUGGGUUUGAUUUUGCUAUGAUUCAUUUGGAAAAUUUUGUUGCCAAUUUGAUUAGGUAUUUCCACUGGAUUCCUCCUAAUGGUUACUGUGGUGAUCUAUCAGAGAAGUUGGAGUUUAUAGUCAUCAUAAAGAACCGCCAGAUAACACAAAUCUCUUCAAGGGUUGAGAAAUUAACCAGGAAUUCGGUUGGAAGAUGGGUUACAUAGGGGUUUUAAUGAUUGCAUAUGGAAACAUUUCCAGAGGUGUUGAUCUUCCAGAGUCUUUGAUGUACGGAUUUUAGUGAAAGUACUAGAGAAGAGAAGAAGCGGCGAUUGGCGCCUGGUAGCAGACAUUGAUGGAGAAAUUGAAGAAGGUGGGUUUCGUUUUCGGAGGAUUAGGUGGUAGACGAAGCUUCAAAGGUUAAGGAUCGCGAUUGGGUAGAAAGAUUGUUGCAUCCAAGAAGAAAGGCAAUGGAGACGUGCAGGGGGAGUUAGAAAAAAUUUCGAAAACACAUGGACCAUCUAUGAGGUUUUUAAACCACGGGGACUAAACUUCAGAUUUUGGAUAAUCACAGGGACCAUUUAUGAUGUUUUUUCUAUAAAGAAGUAGUAGUAAGAAAGAGUUUGUCGAAAUGAUUAGUAUAAAAAAUUAUUAACUCUAAAUUAAAUUAGUAAUAAUGAUAUAGAUAUCUCUAAUACAAUAUAUGUAUCAAUAGUAUAAUUAUAUUAUUGUAUUCAACCCAAUAUAUUUGUUAUAAUUUUAAUAACCAUAGUUUUAUUCA